UUCGACGACGACAGGGGGACGACAAUAGGCUUAGUUCGUCAGAUCGAUCGAUGAUCUGAGGCCAAGCUGCGUCUUGGAUCCUCGCACAGAGAUUUCGCUUGGCCCGCGAAGCAGCAGCGUUUGUUGGACAAUCUUUAGAUUUCGAGACGGGGGUGGCAUGACGCCGAUCUUGGCGCAGCGGUUCCUGCCGUCGGUGGACUCGGAGUGCCUUGAGAGGCAUUCCCUUCUCCCCCCGACCGGCGGUGCGACUUGGCGGUGGGGGAAUAUGGCGCCAUGUACUUGCCGGCCCCCGGCGAAGCUCGGCAUCAUCCAAGAAACGAAGAGUUAUCAGAUGAGAAGCUACAGGUGGAGGACCGCCCUUGCCUUGGAUACAGGUGGAUCCCCUAGUAGCAAUGGUCAAGAGAACCUAGGGGAUAAUGCAGGGCUUGGCAGGACUCGAUUGGGCACUAUUGUACGAGCCGCUGCUGCACAGCUUCUUGAAAAGUUAAAUGCUGCUCGGAAGAACUUUCCGAUGAAAAUAUUCCUCCUCCUCUUGGGUUUCUACACAGCCAAUGCUUUAGCAACAAUCCUAGGGCAGACCGGUGACUGGGAUGUCCUGGUGGCUGGCGUGGUGGUGGCUGUGAUCGAGGGAAUUGGCAUGCUCAUGUAUAGAAAACCAUUCACUACGCCCGUAGGGAGGUUGCAGAACUUAAUUGUGAUGGUGAACUACUGGAAAGCUGGUGUAUGCUUGGGUCUCUUUGUUGAUGCCUUCAAGCUAGGAAGUUAGAACUUGAAUGUUUCUCGACCUGGCUAUAUCAAUAAUAGCUUUCCUGGUUUCUUCA